AUGUCUGAUACCGGCGCUGUUUCGUCUGGCGUCGUCCUCGUCCUCUUCCUCGCCAUUGUCUACGCCGUCAUCCUCGCCGCGCGCAAGGUCAACGCCUCGACAGACAAGGCUACCGCCUCGCUCGGCUCCAAGGGCGUGACGUACGAGGACGGCACUAUCAAGGUCAAGACCAGCAUGGCCCCAGUGUCGCGUGAGCAGCAGGUCAAGGCCUCUGCGGAUGCCGCCAACGCCGCUGCCCGUCACGUCCUCGACCACAAGGAGGCGUUCUCCGUCGGCGGUGGUGACGCCGCCGCUUCGGCUUCCGGUGUUGACACUCCUACCAGGGGUUUCCGCCGCACGAAGAAGCUCGCCGACUAG